CAGCCGCGAAGCCGGCACGAGUGGCCGGACAGCCAGAAACAGGAGUCACUGCGGAGAGCAGGAUGAGGGGCGGCAGACGGGCACCCAGGUCUUGGUUUCAGCGCACGGGAAUGCUGACAUGCAACCAGUAGAGAGGAAUACUGCUUCGUUCCUAAGGAGCCUUCUACAUGGUGUGACUUGGGCUCCCCCUAGUAGAAAAAGUGGAAAUAGCUUUCUAAAUUUAUCAUUUUAAACCAUGGCUGUGUACACCACACCAACCACUCAGUCUUUUUUGCACCAACAAAACAAAGCGUUGGACCCUGUGAUAAAACUUCAUUACGAUUAUGUUGGAAAGAGCGACCGAGGAAAACAGGCAAAGGGCAUAGACCCGACCACUAUUGCACUUCUAAUCAUCUGUAGCUUUAUCAUCCUGGAAAAUCUGAUGGUGUUGAUUGCCAUAUGGAAAAACAACAAGUUUCACAACCGCAUGUACUUUUUUAUUGGCAAUCUAGCCCUCUGCGACCUGCUAGCUGGGAUUGUUUACAAAGUGAACAUUUUGAUGUCAGGGAACAUCACCAUGACUCUUUCGUAUAGGAUGUGGUUCGUUCGGGAAGGCAGCAUGUUUGUGGCUCUAGGAGCAUCUACUUUCAGCUUGUUAGCCAUUGCUAUUGAAAGACAUUUGACGAUGAUCAAAAUGAGGCCAUAUGAUGCUAAUAAAAAGUACAGAGUCUUUUUGCUUAUUGGAACAUGCUGGCUUAUCUCAAUCUCCUUGGGUGCCUUACCAAUCCUUGGUUGGAACUGCAUUGACAAUUUAUCAGACUGUUCCACUGUUCUACCACUCUAUUCUAAGAAGUAUGUAGCAUUUUGCAUCAGCGUCUUCACUGCCAUUCUGGUAGCCAUCGUCAUCCUUUAUGCACGCAUUUAUAUCUUGGUAAAGUCCAGUAGCCGUAAUGUCACAAAUCACAGCAACUCGGAGAGGUCCAUGGCAUUACUUAGGACAGUUGUGAUUGUCGUUGGAGUUUUCAUUGCCUGUUGGUUGCCAUUGUUUAUUCUGCUGCUUAUUGAUGUGGCCUGCGAAACAAAGUGCCCCAUUUUAUACAAAGAAGAUGGGUUCAUUGCCUUGGCUGUCCUCAAUUCAGCAAUGAAUCCCAUCAUCUAUACUCUGGCAAGUAAAGAAAUGCGUCGGGCUUUCUUCCGCCUUGUUUGUGGCUGCCUGGUAAGGACCAAUGCCACGUCUUUGCCUAUCCAGCCCACACCAGAUCAGAGUCGAAGCAAAUCCAGCAGCAGCAACACGCAAAAGCCGAAAGAUGAAUUCCCACAGACUAAAAUUUCUUCAUAUACAGUUGAAAAAAAUAAAUCUUCACUUCAGAAUGGAAAUUUCUGUAAGUGACGCUUGAUAUCACUAUGAACUAAGGAUUUUCUGUGGCUUUUUAGAGCCAAAUGGAAGCCCUUUGGGUGGGGUUUCAUGAUUUUCAUUUAUAAAGAAAAUGAUAACCAAUUACCUAUCUUGGAGUGUCUAUUUUUUAGCACAAACUGUUCUGGACUAGCAUUAGGACCAUAAGAGAACUGAUUUGGGAAAGGUAAUUUAAAAUAGUAUAUGAAACCUGGGUUUCAGUCACCAAUAACUAUCAUAUUUCACAUCUCAUACAACGCCUCUGGUAGGCUCUGUGUUAAGCAUAGCUCUCAGACUGACCAUUCCUUUUCCUAAUAGCUGGGCAGUUUGGAAACAUCAUAUGACUGA